AUCUGGAGUCGGCGCCCAGCGCUCUGGAGACACUCACAGCAGAAGCGGCGCCGGCUCCGCACGCGUCCGCUGUUUGGGGUCCGGGCCGGGGCGGGACCUGGAUCGGAUCCCGACCUCAGCUGCAGCAGAGAGGGCCCCAGUCCACCUGCGCUGUCCCGGACCACCGGCAGCGCCAGGACCCACGAGGGACACUCGGGCAAGCAAGAUGCAAGCCACCCCUUUGCCUGCUCCUUCAGACACCCCCUCCAGGAAGAAGCGGUUGGAGUUGGAUGAUGACUUAGACACCGAGUGCUCCAUCCGGAAACGAGCUCGAAGUGGGCCCCAGCCCCAGCCGCCCCCCUUUCCACUGCCCCUGAGCCCACCCCCUGCUCCAGAUCGUGCCCCUGCUGUGGCCACAGGCUCCCGGCUUGGACCUUAUGUCCUUCUGGAGCCCGAGGAGGGUGGGCGAGUCUACCGGGCCCUGCACUGCCCCACUGGCACUGAAUACACCUGCAAGGUGUACCCCGCCCGCGAGGCCCUGGCCGUGCUUGAGCCCUACGCGCGACUGCCCCCCCACGAGCACGUGGCGCGACCUGCCCAGGUGAUGGCAGGCACCCAGCUCCUCUAUACCUUUUUCUCUCGGACCCAUGGGGACAUGCACAGCCUGGUGCGCAGCCGCCGCCGGGUGCCAGAGCCUGAGGCCGCCGCUCUCUUCCGCCAGAUGGCCGCAGCCCUGGCGCACUGUCACCAGCAUGGUCUAGUCCUGCGUGAUCUCAAGCUGUGUCGCUUUGUCUUCAGAGACUCUGAGAGGACAAAGCUGGUGCUGGAGAACCUGGAGGAUGCCUGUGUGCUGACUGGUCCAGACGACUCUCUGUGGGACAAGCAUGCAUGCCCAGCAUACGUGGGACCUGAGAUCCUCAGCUCCAGGGCAUCCUACUCAGGCAAGGCGGCUGACAUCUGGAGCCUGGGCGUGGCACUCUUCACCAUGCUGGCCGGCCACUACCCCUUCCAGGAUUCAGAGCCUGCCCUGCUCUUUGGCAAGAUACGUCGUGGUGCCUUUGCCCUACCUGAGGGCCUCUCAGCUGCAGCCCGCUGCCUGGUCCGUUGCCUCCUUCGACGGGAGCCAACUGAGAGGCUCACAGCCACAGGCAUCCUGCUGCACCCCUGGCUACGGGAGGAUCGGGUCCCUUCAGCCCCAUCCCAGUCCCACCUCUGGGAGGCUGACCAGGUGGUCCCUGAUGGGUGGGGGCUGGAGGAAGCAGAGGAAGAGGAGGGAGAAAGAGAGGUAGAUCUCUAUGGCUAGACCAUCCUACCAGAUUCUCAGCUGCAAACAGUGGAUUGAACUGGGGGCGUCCUCAAGCUUUCUCCUGCCACUUUGAACUGAGCCAAACCUUAAGUGCCUUCAAGGAGGGAGAAAGGAAGCCUGUGUGGAGUGUGCUGUGUACCCACCAGUGUGUUCUGCACACAAGGUCUGCUUGGGUGCUUCCUGUGUGCCGAGCUCUCCAUUUUAGGUGCUGGGAACAUACCAGUGAGCAAAGGAGACAAGACUCCCUGCUCACACAGCAGAGCUGGCAGGUUAGCAUUCUUUGUUUUUUUUUUGAGG